AUGACUUCAACUAUACUGCGCGUCCUGCCAAGCUCGUCAGCAUCCGACUUUGGCUUUACAUUUGCCGACGCUUCCAUACCUCCACGCUCCGAGCCGAUCAGCACAUUGCGCGUUGCAUUCCACUCAAACGAGGCGGAGCAGCACCUGCAACAAGCAGCUGCACACUUGCGCGACGGAGAACUAGUUGCAUUUCCCACCGAGACAGUGUAUGGACUCGGCGCAUGUGCACUGCAUGCGGACGCCGCGCGAAAAAUCUACGACGCAAAAAACCGCCCCGCGGAUAACCCAUUGAUUGUCCAUGUGAGCGAUCGGGAUAUGCUUGAGCGACUCGUGGAAAAAGACGCCAUCAACCCUGCUAUGGACGCGCUGAUCACUGCGUUCUGGCCAGGGCCACUCACGCUGUUAUUUCCUGUGCGCACAAAAAAGGGGAAGCCAAUCGUUCCCACGGCCGUGACGUGCGGCCAGACGACGGUCGGCAUUCGCAUGCCAUCGCACCCCAUUGCACGCGCCUUGAUCAGUCUCGCCAAUGUCCCGAUUGCAGCGCCGUCUGCCAACGCGUCGGGGCGGCCAUCACCGACCAGCGCCGCACAUGUGUUUACAGACUUGGGGCACAGCGGCAAGCUUCGGUACAUUGUCGAUGGGGGUGCGUGCACGGUCGGUGUAGAGAGCACCGUCGUCGAUGCCACGGCGCCUGGGCAAGUGUGCGUUCUUCGGCCGGGCGGCGUGAGUGUCGAGGCGAUUGGCGACGUGCUCAAGCAGCGCCAGUUGCUGGCCGCGCCCGAUGCCCCGUCCCAAGGACAGGCUCACCUGCUGGUGUAUGGAAAGGAUAUGGCACGCAGUGCACAGCAGGAGCUAGCGCCAACGACGCCCGGCAUGAAAUACCGGCAUUACUCACCCCAAGCAAGCGUGAUUUUGGUCCGGUGUGAGCAGGGCGACAAUGUACCGAGCGUGGCGUCGUUUAUGCAACACAUCGCUGCACAGCCCAAUGCACGUAUCGGCGUCCUGUGUGCCAUUGAUUCGCCGCUUUUUGUGGCCCUCAAGCGCAUAGCGCAUCCACAAAGGGCGCUUGCGAUGUGGGCGGCACAGUGCGAGGCAAAUGCCAAACGCACCUCCCCCCUUGUUUCCUACGACCAAAGCCAACUCUGCAUCUAUUCGUUAGGCACCAGCGCAAACGCUGCCAUGGCCGCACAGCGACUAUUUGACGGACUGCGCGUGCUCGAUGCGGAUAUCGUAUGGGAUGACAAGCAGCAGACCUGCGACGUAAUUCUAGUGGAAGCCGUUGGCGAGGCUGGCGUCGGCCUCGCGGUGAUGAAUCGCGUGCAAAAAGCCGCGACAGAGACAGUCGUGGUAGGGUGUUGA